AUGAUCACUGCAAGGUAUUCCAAUGAAUAUUUGCUAAAAAAGCGUCAUCUGCAGGCCAUGUUUAGCAUGAAGCCGAUCAAGCACGAAGGUGCGUUGACCCUGCAUCAGCUGGUUGACGAAUUUGAACGCCACAAAAAUACGCUCCACCACUUGGGUGAAGAUACUGACGCUUGGAGUAGUAUCUUGGAGCAUUUGUUAUGCACCAAGCUGCCAACAAUCACGCUACGUGAUUGGGAAGAGCACGCUUCCAACGACGAAAAUCCAAGCUACGAGAGCCUUCCUGACUUUAAUGUAAAGCUCGGUCAGUCCAAGGCAACAACAUUGAGACGCUUCGAGUUGCUGGAAAGGAGGCUGGAACGCGAUCCACAACUAAAGGCGGACUAUCACCAAUUUAUAAAGGAGUAUUUGGAGCUCGGCCAUAUGUCGCCGAUAAAUGUCAGUAGAGAAGAGGAACAGGCCUACUACUUACCUCAUCAUCCCGUUUUUAAAGCAUCCAGCUCAACAACGAAAAUUUUCGAACUCAACACCGUCACGUACGGACUUUCGCCAUCAUCAUUCUUAGCUACGCGCACCUUGCUUCAGCUCGCAGAUGAUGAAGGUGCACACUAUUCGAAUGCACAAGCUGCCCUGAAACGAAACUUUUAUGUAGAUGAUUUCAUUGGUGGUGCCAACACGGUAGAAGAUACUUUCCGUCUUCGUCAGGAGCUAUCGGAUCUACUUGAGAAAGGUGGAUUCGAGUUACGCAAGUGGACAUCGAAUCAUCUAGGCGUUCUCAGCGGUUUAAGUGCUGAUCAAAUCGGCACCCAGUCAUCGUUGCAGUUCAUUCCCAAUGAAACGGUGAAAACACUCGGCAUCUCCUGGAAACCAGAAUCUGAUGAGCUGUGCUUUGAUUCGAACGUUUGUGUUGAAUCAACAUCCUCAACGAAGCGAUCCAUACUGUCAUGCAUCGCGAAGAUGUAUGACCCGCUUGGACUGAUUGCACCUGUAUUGGUCCGUGCAAAGCUACUGAUGCAAGAAUUAUGGCUGCUGAAAUCCGGCUGGGAUGAUCCCGUUCCCGAGCAGAUCUACAACAAAUGGACAACGAUUAGUGAUGAAUGGCAAUCUUUAUCUACGUAUAAAACUAAUCGUCAUGUUCUUUUACCUAAUUCACAAGUAGAACUCCACACGUUCACCGACGCCUCCGAAGCAGCUUACGGAGCCUGUAUCUACGCGCGUUGCAAGAACGCGGAAGGAGAAAUACGGAUCAGCUUACUGGCGUCGAAGUCCCGAGUAGCACCUCUUAAACGCGUCACACUGCCGAGACUCGAACUCAACGCAGCUGUUUUGGGCGCCCAUCUCCAGCACCGGGUCCAGAAGGCGAUGCAGAUCGAUAGCGUCGAGUCCUUCUUCUGGUCUGAUUCAACUGUAACGCUGAAAUGGAUAGCAUCUCCACCCAAUACAUGGAAGACAUUCGUGGCGAACCGUGUCGCUGAAGUGCAGCGCUAUUCUCAUCCGCGACAAUGGCGACACGUUCCUGGUUCCAGCAACCCUGCCGAUUUGGUCUCUCGCGGCAUGUCGGCAGCGAACUUCCUUAAGAGUCGACAGUGGCACUCCGGCCCGGAUUGGCUAGCUCUUCCAGCCUCGUCAUGGCCCAGCUCGAAUCCUGAUUCCAUCGACGGAGUGGAUCUAGAAAUCCGUCAGAAGGCGCGCACACAACCAUCUUCAAACCACACCGUAGCACCACUUAGUAUCACGAAAGAAUACUUAGAAGACGCCAAAACUGUGCUUUGCAGACUAGCACAACAAGAUGCCUUCUCUCCCGAAAUCAAGCACAUGAAAAAGGGAGAAGCUUUACUGAAGCAGUCAUCUUUACGUAAACUAAGCCCCUUCAUCGACGAGAAGGGCAUAAUACGAGUGGGAGGACGAUUAAAAUUGUCGCAGUUGCCGUACCAAUCGAAACAUCCCGUGGUGCUUCCUAAACAGCAUAAGUUUACACGUCUCGUAGCUGAACAUUACCACGAACAGCUUAUGCAUGCCGGCGGAAGACUUCUACUAUCCCAGAUGAGAGAGCAGUAUUGGCCACUAGACGGACGUCGAUUAGUGAAAGGCAUCGUGCGGAAUUGCUUUCGAUGUAUUCGCCAGGAUCCCGCACUGGCACGGCAACCUAUUGGCCAACUUCCCUCAUCACGCAUUACACCCAGCCGGCCUUUCUCCAUCACGGGAGUGGACUACGCCGGACCGUUCUAUUUAAAGCCUGCGCAUCGCAGAGCCGCAGCGACUAAGAGCUACCUGUGCGUAUUUGUUUGUUUCACCACGAAGGCUGUUCAUCUUGAACUCGUGGGAGACCUCACAACAGCAGGAUUCUUAGCCGCACUACGACGUUUCGCUUCACGACGCGGUCUACCAUCGCACAUCCAUUCCGAUAAUGGUAAAAACUUUGAAGGAGCCGAACGCGAGCUCAAGGAGCUUUUUGAGAUGUUCAACGACGAGCAGCAGCGGAACGUCAUUGCUACUUAUUGUGCGGACAAGGGCAUCGCAUGGCACUUCACCCCCCCGAAAGCUCCAAACUUCGGUGGCUUAUGGGAAGCAGCAGUCAAAACCGCGAAGCGACAUCUCUACCGGCACCUAGGCGGCACGAGGCUGUCCUACGAAGGUUACUGCACCGUGCUUCAACAAAUAGAGGCAGCAAUGAAUUCCAGGCCAUUAUUACCACUCUCCGAUGAUCCCGACGAACUAGCGGCACUAACACCGGCACACUUUUUAAUCGGCACAUCGAUGCAUGCUGUUCCCGAGCCGGACUAUACUCACCUGAAAUCGUGCACCCUGGAUGAUCUUCAGAAAUGGCAGCUGCUAGUGCAACGAUUUUGGAAGCAUUGGGCCACCGAGUAUCUACAAGAAAUGCAAAAGAGUUACACACGGCCGGGUAGCAACAACAACAACAUACUUACAGGCAGCUCCAAGACCCCGAGAUUCCCUCCCUCCGCUCCCGCUGUACCUACCCCGGAAAAUGCGGAAGAAACGCCGAGUGUAACCCCUGAUGUCGCAGAAGAACGAGACGACAUGGAGGACCGCAACCCCCAAGAGACGACGCUGAUACUGGAACCGUCGCAAAGCAGCAGCAAACUACAGGCGGCGUUAGCAACGGCGAGGGAGUUGCACUUGUACACGAAGGACCGGCACAACGUGCAUGCUCCUAUCAAGAAAAUGGCAGUGAAAAUACUGUCAGACCUAGGCACUGUUGAACGGGAGUUACUUUCUUGGAAGCUGCGCGCUUCCAGAGAGAGCUGA